GCCAGAGUCAACAGCUAAUCCUGUCUUCUUCCUCCCUUCCGACCUAUAUUAGAGGCAGCUGAUUCCACCUCGCUCGCCACAGCCAGCCGCCGUCUCCCCUUCCACACCGCACACCUACCCUUCAUCUCUCUCCCCGCACCACUGCAGGAGCAGAUCCGGGACAGCGAGGGCCGCACCCGGCACGCGCGCGAUGGGGUGCUCGCCGGAGCGAAGGGGGGACGGAUGAUUUGCUUGCCGCCUAUCUCGCUCACCGGCCCGCCUCAGAUCCCUCUCUGCCUGCUCCUCACCUCUGUCUCCCAGCAAUCAACGACUUGUAGAGGAGGAGGAGGAGGAGGAGGAGGAGAGGAUGAACGCGCUCGUCAGCGCGGCGCUAUGGGUGGUCGGCAAGGCAUUGGCCCCAGUAACUGAUGGCCUGCUGGAGGCUUGGGAUGCCACCAAGAAGCUAGGUCUCAACAUUGAGUCCCUCAAGAUGGAGCUGUUGCUCCUGAAGGCCACACUUGAACUCGCUGGCAGCAAGCAGAUCCAUGGCCAGGCCAUUGAGGACCUGCUAGUGAUGUUACGAGACUCGGCCCACCGUGCCGAGGACUUGUUGGACGAGCUGGACUACUUCCGCAUCCAGGAUGAGCUCCACGGCACUUGCGAUGCCGCUGACCAACAUGGCAAGGGUGGAGUCCACGAUCUUGCCUUCCAUGGUCGUCAUGCUGCCACAGCUGUUGGCAAACGGGUUAGCUGUUGCGCUUGGCCACGUGCUUGGCAGAGGUCAGUCAGCAAUUCCUCCUCAGUACCGAACACCAAUCAGGAGGUCAGUGGAUGCAUACCCAAGCUCGGCAAACUCCUCCCUUGCUCAUCUUCCCCACAUGUUCCUAAUGAUCAUUCUGGCCAGUUAACACUUCUUGGUGGUGCACCACAAACAGAAACACCAAUCCUAGUGUUUGAUAGGGUCGAUGCCUCUAUAAGAAUGAAACACAUUGUAGAGCAAUUGAAGCAUGUGCGUACAGAGGUUACCAAGAUUUUGCAGAGUUGUGACCGUAUGGCUGCCCCAGAUAUUUCCCAGAGUCGUCCCAUCACCACCGGUCAAAGUAUAGAACCAAAAUUGUACGGGAGGGACCAUAUUAUGAAAACCAUCAUACGUGAUAUGACCAAGGGUAAAUAUUGCAACAAUGAUCUUACUGUGCUUCCGAUUGUUGGUCCUGGGGGAAUAGGGAAGACAACUCUGGUACAAAAUAUAUAUAGAAACCAACAAGUCCAAAAUCAUUUUCAAGUCCUUAUUUGGGUAUGUGUGUCUCUCAGUUUCAAUUUGAAUAAGUUGCUAGAAGAGAUUAAAACAUAUACCCCUCGGGUUGAAGGGGAAAGUUUUGGUAGAGCCGAAGAGGUGAUUGAACAGAGGUUAAAAUCUAAAAGGUUUUUGAUUGUACUAGAUGAUAUAUGGAAGAUCAGUAAUGAGGAUGACUGGAAAAGGUUACUGUUGCCACUCAAAACAUCACAAGAAAAAGGUAGUGUGAUUCUGCUCACAUCCCGGUUUCCAGCAACAGCAAAGAUGGCUCAAACAACUGAUUAUAUUCAAUUGGAAGGACUAGAAUUUAAAGAAUUUAGGAAGUUAUUUCAUUCAUUUGUCUUUGGUGAAGAGCCUUUAAAAAGUGAUCACAAUUUUUUGCUCGAGACCGGAGAUAAGAUAAUGGAAAAAUUGAAGGGCUCCCCUCUUGCUGCAAAAACUGUUGGUACAUUAUUGAGAAAAAGCCUUAAUUUGCGUCAUUGGAGAAGGGUCUUAGACAGUAGAGAAUGGGAGAGGCAGGAUGAUCCCAAUGACAUUAUGCCUGCCUUGAAGCUUAGCUAUGACUAUCUUCCUUCCCAUCAGCAACGAUUGUUCUACUAUUCUGCACUGUUUCCUGAAGAUCACCAGUAUAGUUUCACGGAGCUAAUCGACUUUUGGAUAGGACUAGAUAUCUUAGAACCUGGUGUUCAAAACCAAACAUUGAAAGAUAUAGGUUUGAGUAAUUUAAAUGAUUUGGUCACACAUGGAUUUUUCAAAGAAGAGAAAAUGUAUGGUCGUUUGAGGUAUGUAAUGCAUGACCUGCUUCAUGAGUUAGCAUUGCGAGUUGCAUCUCAUGAAUGUCUUACUGUACAUAAUUCUAAUGUGACAUCAGUAAAGAUUGAGCCAUCCAUCCGUCACUUGUCUAUAAUCAUAGAGGAUAGUGAUGUAGUGUCUCGUGAAAACUUUAGGACUGAAUUGGGAAAACUGAAGACAAGAUUGGAGGCUAAACAAUUGCAUACAUUGAUGUUAUUUGGACAAAUGAAUGAAAGGUUUGUUAGCACAUUCAGUGAUUUGUUUAAGGAAGCAAGCGCUCUUUGCAUUCUCCGUUUGCUUGGCAGACCUUGUUCUGUGUUGUUGACAUUACGUAACUUUCCAGCACUUGUCCACCUACGGUACCUUCGUCUGGGGUCCGAAACAUUUUGGCCUGGUGAGAGGGAGAUGCCUUUACCAAUGACCAUUUGUAGAUUUUAUCAUUUAAGGAUUCUGCAUCUAGGAACAUUGCAAGUCUGUGAUGAUUUGCCAAAAGAGUUGUGCAAUCUUGCAAAAUUGCGUCAUUUUUAUACCGACAGAGAUGAGCUUCAUUCUCAUAUUUUUAAUGUGGAGAAACUCAAACUUUUGGAAGAGUUGAAGGUAUUUAGAGUCAAAAAUGAAAGUGAAGGAUUUGAAAUAAAGCAACUAGAGCAUUUAACUGAAUUAAAGGAGCUUGGCAUCUAUAACCUUGAGAAUAUACGCACAAAAGAAGAAGCAAGCAAAGCAAAACUGAUGGAGAAAAACUAUUUGGAGAAGUUAACAUUAGAUUGGGAUAGUGAGCGGUCCAAUGCCAAGCCUGAUGUGGAAGCGAUGGUUAUGGAGAGCCUUCAACCACAGAGAUAUCUUAAAGAGUUGUGCAUAAGAGGGCACGGAGGUCCUUCUUAUCCAACAUGGCUGGGUGAUAAGCUUGUUGUUGAAGCUCUUGAGUGUCUUCAUCUCUCUCGUGUUUCUUGGGAAAAUCUCCCUCCUUUAGGGAAGAUGUGGGAUCUUAGCAGAGUAAUAUUGGAGCAUAUUGCCGUAAUGGAGGAGUUUGUUGUGGAGCAAAGCUUUUGUAAGCUAAUAUGUCUUGAGCUUGUUGGCUUAGAAAAUUUUGAAAAAUGGGUACCAUCACAUGAUGCUCACCAUAUGUUUCCUCUUUUGGAAGUACUGAUUAUAAGAGACUGCCCUAAACUGUUGGAGUUGCCAUUUUCAAGCCACUUUGUUGACUCAUCAGAGCAAGACUGGAACACUGAUUGGUUUCCCAAACUGCAAAAGCUUAAGAUAUUGAAGUGUCCAGAACUCUUGUUAGUGGCUCAUAUCCCUUGGACUGAAACUCUGCAGAGUGUCGAGAUAAGAGAUGUAAGGCUAGUAGAGGAGUUUGAGUACUAUGGAGUAGAGUUGAAAAUUGCCGGGAAGCACGAUUUGAAGAACUUAAAUUGCCGGGAAGCACGAUUUGAAGAAGCUGACAUGUUUCUCUUGUACAUUCUUCUAGCCUUGUAGAGCUCACCUCCCAUGCACACUCGCUACAUGCAUGACAUGGGGGUCUUGUGUCCGCCUUCUUCCUUCCUUCCUGUAGAUAUAUCU